AACCUAAAAUCACUGACUAUCACUGAUAGUUUAUGACGUUCAAAAGUUAAUAAUAAAACUGUUUAAAAUAUUUAAAAAUAUGAAGUAGCCCUUUUUUUUUAUUGUUCAUUUCAUUUUACCAUUGCUCCUUAUGGCCCCAAUAAAAGCAGUUAGAACUUAUGGAAAAAAUAAGAAGAAAAUUCCUGCAUCAGGUCAUGCUUUGAAUGCACUUCUUGCAGUAAAUUUAAGGAAAAGAUUGGAAUCGACCAAUGAUGCUUCGGGAUCUGACAAAGAAAAAUCAACGGAAACAACAUUUGAUCGUUUAUUGAAAGGAGAAUUUUAUAAUGAUGUACAAUUCAAAAAGUUCCCUGAGAAUAAUUCAACUGUAAAUGAAGACUCAAAUGUUUCAAUAGUUAGUGGAAGUAACAAUACCUGUGAAAAUUCAUAUGAACAGGCCAAAGAAUCGAGCGUGACGACAUUUACAUCAGUUUGCUCUCCUAUUGUCAUAUUAGAAAGAAAUUUGGAAUAUGUCAACCAAGAGUCGCAAGAUGAACAUCAGCAAUAUGAUGAUUCUAUUGACAAUAUAAGGAAUGAACUUGAAUUCCAGAACAAGUUAGACUUGAUGAAUUCUUUGGGUUUAAGUACAAAUGAUAGUUUUUACGGUAAUUUUGAAAAUGCUGUGGAUAAAAUAUCCACACCACAUGUCCCAUCUUAUCGCUUAAGGAAACAAAAGAGUCGACUAUUGUCAACUUUCCCAAGUUCAUCUUUUAUAGACAAAACAAAAUCUAUAUCACAUGAGAAUCUAGAAACAGAGUCAGAACCAACAAAGAAAUUCAAGUUGCAAAAAAAUACUUCUGUACCAAUCAAUAUAUCAACAAGUAGAAGAAAAAGUAUAUCUGAAGAAUUCAUAGAAGCUUCUCCUACCCUCAGCACUCCUGAAAGACAAUGGAGUUCCCAAGAUAUAUCUUCCUCAUGCCUUUUGAAUAAAUCUUAUAGAAUAAUCAAUGAAUGGAGUAAUCGAUGUCCAAGCCCAAGCAGUUUCAACGACUCUAAAAAUAAGUCAGUUGACAGGAAAUAUUCAUUUAAAAGAAGAAAAGAGAGCAAACUUUUUAGAAAAACCCAAGUCAUACUCAAACAUAUUCCACAAUUAGAAGAUAUUAUCAAAGAUAUAAGCAAAUGUUCAACACCUGUGAAUCUGAAAUUUUUCAAUGUCAAAAGAAUAUCCAAUGCAUUUGUUACUAGACGUAAACCAAUUUCAAAGAAAGAUGAAUUGCCAUCAUUCAAAACUAGUGUUGUUGACUUAAGCUCACUUCAUGAAAGUAAAUUAAAAACAUCACUUGAUGGAUCAGAAUUCAUAGAUAAACUGGCAAGUACAAAUGAGAGUCUGAAUAUUUCUUAUUCAGAACAGAAUAAAUCACUUGAAAAACAGAAAUUGUCCGAACCAAAGACGCCAUUAUUAUCUCCAAAUGAAGUAGGUAUCCGAGUUUUAAGGAGUAGUAAAAAGCAUAAGUGCUCUCUAGAAUGUGAACAUUUUCGAAAAAUACCAAAGGUUACGUUGGAGAGGAAAAUUUUGUCAAAAAAUAAAUUCACUAAAAAAUCAGCUAAUCUGAACAAAUUUAAGCAUUCGACAAAUUCACAAUUAUUUGAUAACUACCCAAAAGUUAUGUUAGAAAAAAGAUUGUUGUCAAACUAUGGGUCUUCUAUUUCCAAUAGUCCAAUUGAUUUUACAAAUUCAGUAUUAGUUGAUAAUUCCCCAAUUAAUUUUAAAGGAUUUUCAACUGGAACUAGUUAUAAUAUAGAUGAGCCUGAAAGUUGUGUUGACAACAAAGUCAAAAAGAAUUAUGCCUUGAAACAAAAAAGUCAAGCUAAUUCUCAAUUAACCAAAGAAAAUGUUGAAAUUAAAGACUGUUUUGUGAUAUUGGAACGAAUGAAAGAUGUGAGAUUGAGUGAUAAAAAUGAGUUAAAUUCAGUAAAGGAUGGAAAUACACCUAAAAAACAAAUGAAGGAAUGUUGGGUGAUUAUGAAUGAAAAUAAGCAUGAAAUUGAAAAUUGCUCAAGUGAAGAGGGUGAUGCCCUUGAAGAAACCAAUUUGAUACCUAAGAGGACCGAAUUUGUGUGCUUAGAACCAGGAAAGAAAUUUAGAAGAUCAGUUGCUAUAUUCAAACAAAGUUUGGAAGAUCAUAUAAAUAAUUCAGAAACAACCAAUCCAGCUAGUCGAAUAACUAUUUAUAGAAGACAAUCUGUCAAAGUAAUUCCUGUUGCACCCAGUGAAACUGAUCAGAGCGAGUUAGCAAAUUUCGCUCACAAUGUUUCUGGUUAUGUAUCACGAGAGUCGAUUCGACGAUCGUCUUUGGAAAAAGUUGAAAAAUAUUUCCCGAAUGUUCGACCAGUAGAUAAUUAUCUCAUCAGCCCUACUAAAAAUACUGCCGUUCAGCUCACUGCCAGAGAAAUUGUAUUGAAAAGAUGUGGUCAAACAAAACCUUUAAAUUUCGAAGAAUGUUAUCCAAGAAGUGCCCUUCAACAUUGUCAGAAGAUAGGAGAAGGAGUGUUUGGGGAAGUAUUCAUGAAACGAGACAAAGAAGGAUCUACCACUGUGAUGAAGGUCAUACCGAUAGAAGGAAACCAAAUCGUUAAUCUUGAGAAGCAAAAAACAUUUGGGGAGAUUUUGUCCGAGAUCAUUAUAUCUAUGGAAUUGAGCAAUUUGAGAAUGGCAAAACGUAACAAUACUGAUGCAUUUGUUAAGAUGAAGAAAAUCCAUUGUGUACAAGGAUGUUACCCAGAUCGAUUAUUGGAGCUUUGGGAGUUAUACGAUGAAAAUAAAAAUUCUGAAAAUGAUUCACCUGAAAUAUUCCUUGCUGACCAGCUGUAUAUUGUUCUUGAACUAGCUAAUGCGGGCCAAGACUUGGAAGCUUUUCAAUUUAAUAAUGCCCAACAGGCUUUAUCUGUCUUUGAGCAGGUAACUUGUGCUCUGGCUGUGGCUGAAAGUGAACUGCAUUUUGAACAUAGGGACCUCCAUUGGGGCAAUGUUUUGGUAACACCAACCACAGAAUCAAAUACAGUCUUUGUUCUAGAUGGCGAAGAAAUUAUUAUAAAAAAUAAAGGUGUUAAAGCCACUAUAAUCGACUUCACUCUGUCUCGUGUAGAGUGUGAUGGUGUUAUUAUAUUCAAUGAUAUUUCUAAAGAUGAGGACCUAUUUACUGCAAAGGGAGACUAUCAAUUUGAUAUUUACCGGAAAAUGCGAGAAAAUAAUAGGAACUAUUGGCAGAAUUUCAAUGCAUACAGCAAUAUUUUAUGGUUACAUUACAUUCUGUGUAAAGCACUGAAUGGUUUUCGUUACAAAAAUUUGAGAUCGAAACAGCACAAAUCUUCAUUGGAAAUCUUGAAGAAUUUUGAGAAGACAAUAUUGGAUUUUGAUAGUUCCUCAAAUUUUGUAAAACAUAAUUUUUGUAACCUGAUUUCACUUGAUUGACUGUUCAUAUUGUUGAAAAUUUACAAGGUGCCUGUCUGAUAUUUAUAUAUUUGAUAUUGAAUAAAAUGUUUUUUAAUUGAAA